AAGCCAAAAGACCUUGACAGCUGGUCGUACAAGGCAAGAAGCACUGUUCAUUUUGAUCCCGAUGAAGUACCAUUAACGCUCGAAGAGCAAAUUAAGCGGCAAAAAGCCAGUGAAAGGAUUAUCAAUAAGGAUGCAACUCGAUUUCCGGAUGAUGUAUUCAAGGAAGCAAGACAGAUUCCUGAUAUUCCGAUCCGAGAGAAAUUAGCACAUGGAAUAGCAGAAACAAUUGCAAAGCGUUAUCAUGAUAAGAGGAAAGUAGCAAUACGAGAAGUGGAAAAGCAUCAUUCGAAAACUCCAAGUUUCGGAUCACCACAUGCUUCCGAUAAGCUACUACAGAUGUCACCAGCUGCAAGACGUCUUGCCACACAUGGACUUGGAAUCCGAUUGAGUUCAGAUAAGGAGCUGAAAGCCAGCUAUACACCUUCGCCGUCAAGGACACCUCGUUCGAUGCGUUUCACACACACUCCAGGCUCAUCACGAAUUGUGGUAAAAACUCCAAAAAGAAGUGCCGUGGAAGGUGCAGUUACACCAGCAGCAGCGGAAACGAGCAGCUCCACCUCCAUAACCGAUAAUUUGCUGAGUUUUGGCCAGACGAAAAUCGCCCAGAAAACUCGUCCAUCAGCUUCUGAUUUCUUUUAA